AUGCCGAGAGCCUUCAGGAGAUUUGUCCAUCUGGUGCUCUUCUGUCCCUUAUCCAAAGGAGUUCAGAGUCGCCUUCCUGCCAUUAAGGUGAAGUACCUGCUGCUGGCCUGGCUGGGUGUUCUCGUCACCAGCUGGGUCCUCUACAUGCAGUAUGCGUCUUACUCCGAACUCUGUCGGGGCCAUGUCUGCCAAAUGAUUAUAUGUGGUCAUUAUAAAAGAGGAAUCAUAUCAGGCUCAUCUUGCAAGGCGUUAUGCGAUCAAAAAUCACUGACCAUGCAGCGGUGUAUGACCACAACAUCAACACAUCAGAUUUACAGUGGACUGUGGAAGGAAAGACCCGUAAUAAUCAAGUGUGGUCUUGAAGAUCCGGGUAACGCAGAUGGAAUCCUUGAGUCUGGUAUGAGGCAAGAGUUGAAUUUAUUUGACAAACCAACUCGAGGGACGUCAAUGGAUGAGUUUAAAGAUAUGCUUCACGCUUUUCUCAAGACCAACCUGGGUGAACAGCCAUCUUUAAACACCUUAGUGGAGCGGGUUAUUGCACUGGCAGAUAAUAACCGAGAUGGUAAAGUGUCUCUGGCGGAGGCUAAAUCCAUUUGGGCUCUUCUUCAAAUCAAUGAGUUCCUCUUGAUGGUGGCGCUGCAGGAGAAGGAGCACACUCCCAAGCUGCUGGGCUUCUGCGGUGACCUAUAUGUGACUGAAAUAGUGGGACAUAGUUCAUUGUAUCGUAUAGAGGUGCCUCAUUACCUGCAGGCUCUGGUCCCUGAGGCCUUGAGCUCCGGCUUGAACCACUGGCUCGCACCAACAUGGCCACGCAGAGCACGUAUCACCAUUGGUUUAUUAGAGUUUGUGGAAGAAGUUUUCCAUGGUUCGUAUGGAAGUUUUCUAAUAUGUGAUGCUAGCCCUCAUCAUGUUGGUUAUAAUGCCAGAUACGAUUGCAAAAUGGCCAACCUCCGCAGUGUGGCUUCUCAGGCAGUGGUGCGAGGGCGGCGCCGGGCUGGGUCUGUCAGUGCUGUUGCUGAGCUGCAGCUGCUGCGAGACAACAGCGGACAACACAGGGAAGUGGGAGGAGGACUGCGGACAUCCCCUGCUCUGCCCCCGGUGUGUUUUAACAGUGGUAAAAUGCUCAAUCAGCAAUCUCCUGAUAUGAAGAACUGCAUGAUCAUGACUCAGUAA